AUGACGGGGAAAGCAUCAGCCUCUGGCUGGGCCAGGGCAGAGAAGGGCUCCCGGCUUAAUCAGCUGCCCCAUUUCCAGUUCAAGGAGAUAAUGAAGAGGCACAAACGCCAGGAAAGGCUGGGCCCGGGAACGUACAACAUCGACUGCUUCCCCGGCCCCGGCACAUACGGUCCCCGGGGGAACCCCUAUGCCCGUCUCGAGGAGAGGGACAAGCGCCCUGCCAGCACGCGAGGGCUGAUGGACAGCAGGACGGUGAAGUGUGCCCUGCUGCCAGCUGUGAGGAGAGGCACCGAGCCGAGCACUGGCACUGUCAAGGGUUUCCUGGACGAGCUGAUGCUGAAGGAGAACAAGAAGAAAGGCUGCUUCAGCACCCUGCUGAGGAACCCGGGCUGCCCCACAGAGAGGAUCUUCUGGGCCACGCUCAGCCAGUGCCCGAAGGAGGUGCAUGCAGUGGGGCCAGGCUCCUACAACCCAAAGUCUGUUGAGAGAUCAACGUACUCCAGCCAACCCCCAUUCUGGUCAUCUGCCAAGAGAUUCAACAGAAAGUCCUACCGCCUCUUUACUGGGAACGAGCAGCAUCAGCAGCACAUUGCAGAGCCAGUGCAGAACCCUGUAGGCGUUGGUCGCUACAACAUCACCAAAUAUGAAAAAUACCCUCAGAAGACGAGAUACCAGUCCCUGUACCAGUGUGACGCGCAGCGGUACCUCAGCAACUUGAAGCGGGAUGCCUACUUGCUCGAGCGGCUCAAGCCUGUUGCUAAAAACAACUGGAGUGAUUUGAUUUCUGCUCCAUGUUGUCCAGAUACCUCUGAAGAAAUCACUGCUGUUUUCCAAUCGUGCCAGAGAUAA